GUCCUGGAGCGCAUCAUGGACGAGUGCAUCCCCACGCAGCGCCACAGCCGGGACUACCUGGUCAAGUUCCCCGAGGAGCUCUUGGUGGACAACCUGGGGAACCACAUGCUGUUUGCUGCCGAGUGUCUCCUGGCUGGGACCUUCCUGGAGAUGGAGGAGUCAGACGGGGCCCAGCUGCGGCCCCAGGCCAGGAAUCUGCUCUGCAGCCUGGAGCUGGUCCGGACAGUGCUGCGGGAGCAGAGCCUGAGCCAGCCCAACUCCUACCCAGAGCCUGUCCGGGCUGUGCUCAUCCAAUUCGACCGGCUCUUUGCAGAGUUUGAGCUGAGCUACGUGUCCUCGCUGGUGGCAGUGAAGUCUCCUGAUGAGAUCUACAGGCAGCAGGAGAUCAUUGUGCUCUUCUGUGAGACCGUGGAGAGAGCCCUGCACCUGGGCUACCUGACCCAGGAGAUGAUUGAUGGCUAUGAGCCACUGCUGAUGUUCACCAUCCCUCGCCUGGCCAUUAUCAGUGGUCUCCUCAUCUACCCCGAGGGACCCCUCAGCCUGGAGCGGAGCCCUGAGGAGAUGUCCCGGGUCUUCAGCCCCUUCUACAACCUCCUGAAGAAGAUCAGGGACCUGUUGCGGGUGCUGUCAGCAGAGGAGCUCUGCGUGCUGGAGAGGAGCCUGUGCACAGCUGAACAGGAGGAGCCCUGCAGUCCAGAGACCCCCCCAGCCUGGGGGGCAGCUGUGCCCAGUGUGGACCCUCCUGCUCCCUUCAGUCUUCUGGAGGUCCCUAAUGCCACCCAACCACUCCCCACCUGCACGACACAAGUGGGACCCCCCAGUGCAGUGGAUGAUCUGGGCACUGACUGGCAGCAGGGGUGUGCAGAGGGCCAAGAUGGCAAAUCCCUGUCCACUGGGACAGGGGUAUCUCACACCAUCCCUGGUGUAAUGGUCACCUCCCCCCUGCGCAGCCCCCAGCCCCUGGGGAGCAGCCCAGGGGUGGGGGUCAGUGCCAGCCCCGGUGCCCGCUGCUCGGAGCUGCGCUCCCGCUACGGCAGCACCAAGGACAUGCUGCACACUCUCUUCGUCUGCAUCUCGGGGGUGGCCGAUCAGCUCCAGACCAACUUUGCCAGUGACAUGCGAAGCAUCUUGAAAACGGUCUUCAAGAUCGUGUGCUCGCAGGUGGAGCCCUCAGAGGAGCAGAGUUACAACAAGGAGAAAGAUGGUGACUCCCGUGUGACAGAUGCUCCUCGUGUGGCUGACUGCCCGCUGUGCUCCAGCCCUGCAGAGGCUGCCAGGCUCCAGAGGGCAGCAGGUGCCCGGCCCCUGCCCGAGUGGGUGCCGGACAGCACAUGCAGCCAGUGCUCUGCCUGCCGCUCGCCCUUCACGCUGCUGCGCCGCCGGCACCACUGCCGCAGCUGUGGGAGGAUCUUCUGUGCCCGCUGCUCACCGAACACCGCCGUGCUGCCCUACUACAGCCAGAGCAAACCCGUCCGUGUCUGCACCCACUGCUACAGCACGCACCUCCCGCCCGCGUCCCGCUGUGCCCGGAGCCAGUGA